AUGUCACAAAGAAUGAGAAUGUUUGCGGGGCUAACUGUGACCCGACAGCUGAAACCGCUCGGGGAGAGGAAGCAAUGGAGUGAGAAGUUUAGGGGGCGGAACCCAUCACUGGUAAAUGAUAAGGAGAUACGGGAGGCUGUCGGCAGGUUCUGCCAUAUAGAAGGGUCAGCAGUUACGGAGGACACGGUGCGGGAAGUGGGUCUGAGGUAUAAGAAAAUGAGGGCUGACCGCAAGCAUAGACUUGGCAAUGCUAAAAGGACAGGAGGAAUCACCGCUGAUGUGGCUGUCCAGACAGAAUCCCUGCACAGCUUAGAGUGCAAGGAGUGUACAACAAAUGCAAUGAAGCAUAUUUGUCAAAUCAGGGCACGUGAGCUGGCCCAACUACAGACUGAGGUGUUGCUUAGGGAAUGCCCUUCCCCCCAAAUGCCUGCAACAUCAAGUCCCCAGACUCCCCAGCCGCAACAAAGACCCUCAGCAGAAAGGUCGAGAAACAUGUCAGGAAGCAGCACGAACAGCAGGACAUGUGCUGUCCUCCCCCGGUCUCGAGUGAUGUCUAAUGCUUCGAGCAUCUCUGAUUAUGGACCAGAGAGCAUAAUUGAUGCAAGAGUGCGUCUAGAACGGGAGAGAAGGCAACGCUCACUGGUAAAGAUAGUCACAGCCGGUGAGCUGUUCAAGUCACUGAGACGCUGAUUUGUUUGUCAU